AUGUCCUCUUCCACCUCGCACUCCAGGACCUCCCCACCACACGCCAACGAAGGCGACAGCGGCGGAGAGGGCGGAGACGGGGUCAGGAGCGCGCGCGGCGACUCCUCGGGCGGGAACUUCUGGGACUCCGCGGCCUGGGGCUGCAGGAAGCCCGCCACGACCUCCACCGCACCGGGGGGCGGGAAGACCGCGGCGCCGCGAGUGCAGAUCCAAGGCGCCCCCUGCUCAGGAACGGGCGACAGAGCAACCGAAUGCAGCGGCGGCGGCGGCGGCCUCGGGACAGCGGCAUCGGGCCCGCGGCCCUGCUUUCCCGAGGCGCCCCCGCGCCGCGCGCGGAGAGCAGCGUCGCGCCGCCGGCGCGCUGUGCCGGGGACGCGCCGCUGGGCGACGGCUGCGACCAGCGCGGGCCGCGCGGCCUGCUCCCUGUCCCGCCGGGAGCCAGGCGCGGCGGCCCCCGCGCGCGACCGCAGCCAAGCCUCACAGGCAUCGCGGCGCCUGUGGCGGGCGAGGCGCCUCGCCGCAGGUGCGCCGAACGCAGCGGCGUCCGACGCGCGCGUCGAAGCGGGCCUCCACGAAGACGGGCGGCCCCCCAUAGCCAGCCAUCAUCGCACGGGUUCCGCGCGUGAGCGCGCGGGCGAGGCAGCUUGA